GCCGUCUGUGUGUAGCCGGAAAUGACGUUACAGAAACAUGGCUCCUUCCAAGGAUGUUGGCACGCUUGUUGCCCCGGCCGGGUAUACAGCUGUCCCACUGAAGUUUUCUGAGGAGCGGCGAACACAUCACUACUUGUAUGUCAAAGAACACAAAGUACGAGAGGAUUUGGACCCUGCGCGGCCUCAGGACCGGACUCUGUUUGUCAUCAAUGUCCCCCCAUACUGUACAGAGAAAAGCCUGUCCCAGAUCUUCAGCCGCAGUUGUCCAGUGGUGUCUGUGGAACUACAGGAAAAACCAGGACCAGCCGAGGGGGAUCCAAAAACAGAGUCCAGAUAUUUUGAUAUGAAAUCCCCAAAGGGUUUUAAAGUGGCUUAUGUAGUGUUUAAAAAAGCAUCAGGGGUUCGACAAUUUAAUUCCACAAAAUUCCACACUCCGCUUGUGUUGUCUGAAAAAGACGAUUCAAUAAAGACUGGAAUCUGCAAGUGGAUAGCAGAGUAUGCGGCGUCUCUCACGGACACGGAGCACCUGCAGGAUGAGAUUGAUGCCUUUAUGAAGGAGUAUGACGAGAAGGUUGCCGAGGAAGAGGAGAAGGCAGCAGAAGAGGAAGGGGUGCCAGACGAGGAAGGGUGGGUGAAGGUGACAAGAAAGGGCCGGCGUCCUGGCCUGGCGCGCACCGAGGCCACAAACAUCAGAGUGCUGGAACGGGAGAAGCGGAAGAGAGCGCGGAAAGAACUGCUUAACUUCUAUGCCUGGCAGCACCGGGACACCAAGAGAGAACAUCUCGCCGAGCUCCGGAAGAAGUUUGAAGAGGACAAACAGAAGAUCGCACUCAUGCGGGCACAGAGGAAGUUCCGCCCGUACUGAUGAAGGGGAAAUGGCUGAGGGUCACAUACCGUCCUGUGUGCCCAGACUGAUAUUGUUUGUGUGAUUUGCACAGGAGCCUCUUGCAUGCAGCAGAGGCCGUUCUAGUCCUGCUGCACGUUAUAUGGGACACAAAGACUCUACAUACAACAUUAAGUGUGGAAUUAAAUCUUUAUAGAGAAAAUAAAUGAACCUGUACCAGCAGCUGAUGACUUGA